AUGGCUCGAAUUUGUAAUAGCACCACAUUUGAUUUCUUCAAUUUUCCGCUUAUUCGGGAUUCUCUCCGCUAUUUACUUUCUUUUAGUCCUUUCACUCGACUGAUCUUUCCAUUAGCUGAUGAUCAUAUACUAAAUUAUUUGGAAGAGGAAAAUCAGUUAAUCGAACCGGAGUGGUACUGCCCGAUAAUCCCUAUGAUUCUGGUUAAUGGCGCCGAAGGCAUAGCUACUGGGUGGUAUACUCGUGUACUAAGCCAUAAUAUCAGAAAUGUAAUUGAUAAUGUUCGAAGACUAAUUGACGGAUAUGACGUGGAGAAGAUGGUACCCUGUUUUUCCGAUUUUUCUGGAACUGUGAAGGAAAUCGACAAAAAUCGCUAUGAAAUACGUGGAAAGUUCAAGUUUCUACCGUUGAGACGCAAAAAUGCACCAUUUAUCACACUUGAGAUUACAGAGCUACCUGUUGGCGAGUGGACAAACAGAUACAAACAAAAUGUGUUGCAACCUUUACACUCCAAAGGAGUUAUCAAGUAUGUGCUUAACAGUGUUAAUAGUGCUCACUUUCUUGUAGAAAAAACAGAAUCGCAUCUUGUGGACAAAUCGUUUUUUCUUUUUUUUUUUUUUUCAAAGAAAACCAUAUCGUGCUGGAUAGACCUGAAGGGUAAAGUUCUCGAUUUUGUCGUUCUCUUGUUCAGCAAUCGCGAGGUUUUUAAACAGCACACAUUUACUUCCAUAAAAACACAAUACAAUACAACGCUAGCUGAAGUUUCGGCAGUAUCGCCUUCUUCAGAGCCUGGAAGGGUAUGCUGA